GACUCUCUCCUGUCUGCAGGAAGCCGAAGACGGGGAUCCUGAUGCUGAACAUGGGAGGACCCGAGAAGCUAGAAGAUGUUCACGACUUCUUGUUACGCCUCUUCAUGGACACAGACCUGAUGAAACUCCCAGUACAGAAUAAACUCGGCCCAUUCAUCGCCAAGCGGCGCACACCGAAGAUCCAGGAGCAGUACAGCAAGAUCGGAGGAGGCUCGCCCAUCAAACACUGGACGUCCAUGCAGGGGGAGGGCAUGGUGAAGCUGCUGGACGAGAUGAGCCCUGAGACGGCUCCUCACAAGUUCUACAUCGGCUUCCGGUACGUUCACCCGCUGACGGAGGAAGCCAUUGAGGAGAUGGAGAAAGAGGGAGUGGAGAGAGCUGUGGCCUUCACGCAGUAUCCUCAGUACAGCUGCUCCACCACAGGCAGCAGUCUGAACGCCAUCUACCGUUACUACAGCAACAGAGCUGACAGGCCGAAAAUGCGCUGGAGUGUCAUCGACCGUUGGCCCACACACCCUCUGUUGGUGGAGUGUUUUGCAGAACAUAUCAGAAAUGAACUGCUGAAGUUUCCAGAAGAUAAGAGAGAUGAUGUUGUCAUUCUGUUCUCGGCACACUCACUGCCCAUGGCUGUUGUAAACAGAGGUGACCCGUAUCCUCAGGAGGUGGGAGCCACAGUUCAGAGGGUCAUGGAAAGACUGGGUCACUGUAACCCCUACAGACUGGUGUGGCAGUCCAGGGUGGGGCCCAUGCCGUGGCUCGGUCCCCAGACAGACGAGGUGAUCAAAGGUCUGUGUGAGCGAGGGAAGAAGAACCUGCUGCUGGUGCCCAUUGCCUUCACUUCGGACCACAUAGAGACCUUACACGAGCUGGACAUCGAGUACAGACAAGUGCUGGGAGAAGAGUGUGGGGUGGAGAACAUCAGGAGGGCCGAGUCAUUGAAUGGGAACCCUCUCUUUAUGAAGGCCUUGGCAGACCUGGUCCAGUCCCACUUGAAGUCCAACGAGCCAUGUUCCCGUCAACUGACCCUGCGCUGUCCGCUGUGCACCAACCCCACCUGCGGAGAGGCGAAAUCCUUCUUCGCCAACCAGAAGCUCUCAUAGAAACUCAAGACACACAUUCUGAUGCAGCAGGGCUACCUGUGGAGGAGCUCGAGGCCUUCUUCUAAAAAGCUUCAUUCAAACGCACAAGCCCACAACACCUCUCCAACAAGAGUGUCAGUUAACCAGGAAAUGCCACCAAGAAAGGACCAAAUGGUUUCUGCAAAUGUAUUCUCACACACACAUUUACUUUAGGUUUUGGUCUUUAGAUGGGACUAAUAUCUGCCUUUCAAAACCUCUUUAUGCUACUUAAAUUCAUCAUUUUAUUUCACCAGAGAGGUUAAACCGUCAACAGAUACCAUUUGGUCAAAGCUUGUGUAGAUUAGAGAACUGGGACAUCACAUGACCGGAAAAAAUUGCACUAAAAACUGCAUUUCCCCUUACUCACAUUCUAUUUGCUUUGCGCCUGCAAACUUCCAUCAGAGACCCCGUUUUCUUGCCUCUUCGCUGGUGCUAAAUGACUAACAGUCGGCCAUGAUGACCCAACAUGCACCCAAAGGGUUCUGGGCUGUCUGGCCAUUUCCUUCGCCCUUCAUCUCACCUGCUGCUUCACGCCAUUGUCUCUCCAGGUGGUAGCCCCGCCCAUCCUGCUGUAACUCCUGCAAUUUGAUUGGAGGAGGUUGGAUCCUGUGUGAUAGGAGGGUACUGGCGGGCUUAAGAGAGAAAAAGAGGUUCAUAUUUAAAUUAAAUAAAACUAAAUGAA